GACACUCUAGCCUCCACUCAUGGAGAGAAGCGAUCCUCCAGAUCCCUGUAAGUCAACUGGAUCGGAACCUCAGAACUCUUACAACUCUUUAACCGAGAGCGGUUGGAAAGCUAGCGGCUAUGCUCAUCCCAUCGAAGAAAGGGGUUCAAUGCCUCCUGCUGAGUUUGAUCGGGAUAUCACAUUCAACUCUACUGGCAUAUACAGUUCCUGCGGUUCCAGGCCCGAUGUUUCAGGAGCUAUGUAUUCCUCUUGGCAGGGUAGUGAGUUCGUGGACCAAUACUACUAUAGGGAUAGGGAUGGCAGUUUCUUGCUUGAUUCAUUCCUAUCAAGAGACGAUGAUAUGGAUGAGGUUGAAUCACCUGUUCGUUUAGAUGGGGAAGAGCCUGAAGUUGAUUGUCAGAUACCACUGAAAGGAAUGGUGUUCAUGUCAGAGAUGGAUGCUGAAAAAUUUUACUACCACUAUGCUGAGAAGAUCGGUUUUAAAGUGAGAAAAGGUAAGGUACAAAGGCUAUCAAAUGGGAACAUUAAAAGACGAUUUUUUCUUUGUUCAUGCGAAGGUUUUCGGGCCAAGAACCAAUCCAAUCAGACCAAAAACAAGUAUCAGAAAAGAAACAAGAACAGGUUGCAAUGCCCAUGUCCAAGUUACACUUGA